AUUUCAUUCGCAAAUCUGACGAGCGUAGUAAUACUUUGAAGUGAGAAGACCUACACAUACUGCGUUCAAGCAAGACAAAAGUUUAAUCGCUGCUGCUGAUUCGUUCUUUGACUAGGUUGAGUUUGUAAGUUUUAGAAACUGAAAAUGACCGGCCGUGCGCGAGCACGAUCAAGGGGCCGAGCGCGCGGUCAAGAGACCGCGGCACCUGGCGUGACACCCUUUCAGGAGACAGCACGAGAAGCUCCCCCCUCUGAGGGUGAGCUUGUGGGUCGAGGAAGACAGAGAACUGCCCCAGGGGCUGUGUCCUCCGAAGCCGUUAUUCAGAUAUCUGCAGGGUUUCAGCAGGUGAAGAUCGGAGAGAGAGGUGGACGGCGUCGUGACUUUCAUGAUGCAGGAAUCAACACCAGGCAGGCCAUGGAGCAUGUGAGAGAGUCCAAGUCUGGUUUCUCUGGCUCUCCCAUUGAGCUGAAAGCCAACUUCUUCAAGAUCCUGUCCCGCCCUCAGUGGGUGCUGUACCAGUACCAUGUGGACUUCAAGCCCGUCAUGGAGUCACGGCGCCUACGUUCUGCCCUCAUGUAUCAGCAUGAGGAGACACUAGGCAAAGCUCGCACCUUUGAUGGAGCCCUCCUCUUCCUGCCUCACAAACUGCACAACACGGAGACUGUGCUGUACAGUGAGACCAGAAUGGGUGAGAAAGUCCAGAUCACUGUCACUCUGACCAAUGAGCUGCCCCCCACUUCUCCAGUGUGCCUGCAGUUCUACAACAUCAUCUUCAGAAGAGUACUGAGGAUGCUGAACAUGCAGCAGAUUGGACGCCAUUACUACAACCCAACAGACCCACUCAAUAUCCCACAGCACAGGCUGACCAUCUGGCCCGGCUUUACUUCCACCAUCCUGCAGUACGAGUCCAGCAUCAUGCUGUGCACGGACGUGAGCCACAAGGUGCUGCGCAGUGAGACGGUGCUCAGCUUCAUGAUGGGCCUCAGGCAGCAGAGUGGAGAUCAGCGCUUCCCAGAGGCCUGCACCAAGGAGCUGGUGGGACUCAUCGUCCUCACCAAGUACAACAACAAAACCUACAGGAUUGAUGACAUUGCGUGGGACCAUACUCCAAACAACACAUUCAAGAGGGGAGACUCUGAUAUUUCUUUCAAAGACUACUACAAGGCACAAUAUGGUCUGGACAUCACCGACGGCAACCAGGUGCUUCUGAUCAGCCAUAUGAAGAAGAUUGGUCCUUCUGGAGGACCGCCCCAAGGGCCAGCCAUGCUUGUCCCAGAGUUCUGCUACCUCACAGGCCUGACUGACAAGAUGCGUGCUGACUUCAACAUCAUGAAAGACCUGUCCACCCACACCAGACUGACCCCAGAGCAGAGGGAGGGGCGGCUCAACCGCUUCGUUGGGAACAUCCACCAGAACACGGAGGCCCAGACAGAGCUGAAUACCUGGGGCCUCAACUUUGACAACAAACUCCUGAGCCUCACAGGCAGGGUCCUCCCUGCGGAAAGGAUUGUGCAGGGAUCCAGAACGUAUGAGUACAACCCCUGGCAAGCAGACUGGUCCAAGGAAAUGAGAGGCAUCCCACUGAUCAGUUGCCGACCACUGGAGAACUGGUUAAUGUUCUUCACCCGCAGAAACAAUGAUGUGGCCCAGGCCCUCCUGCAGACCCUCAACAAGGUCUCCACACCCCUGGGCAUCCGCAUGCAGAGGGCCAUCAUGGUGGAGUACGAGGACCGUCAGGAGUCUCUGCUCAGGGCCCUGCAGCAUAAUGUUAAGAAAGAAACCCAGAUGGUGGUGGUGGUCCUGCCCAGCAACAGAAAGGACAAGUACGACAGUGUGAAGAAGUAUCUGUGUGUGGACUGCCCCACACCCAGCCAGUGUGUGGUGGCCCGCACCCUCGCCAAACAACAGGCCCUCAUGACCGUGGCCACCAAGAUCGCCCUGCAGAUUAACUGCAAGAUGGGAGGAGAGCUGUGGAGCGUGGAGAUCCCACUGAAGCAGCUGAUGAUUGUGGGUAUUGACUGCUACCACGACACGGCUGCUGGCAAGAGAUCAAUUGGAGCUCUGGUGGCCAGUCUUAACCAGGGCAUGUCCAGGUGGUUCUCAAAGUGUGUGCUGCAGAACCGUGGACAGGAGAUCAUGGACGGACUCAAGGUGGCGCUGCAAGGUGCCCUGAAGGCGUGGCUGAAGCACAACAACUGCCUGCCAUCACGUAUCAUUGUGUACAGAGACGGAGUGGGAGACGGGAUGCUGCAGAGUGUGGUCAACUACGAGGUGCCACAGAUCAUGGAGUCAAUCAAGACCAUGGGACACGACUAUGCACCCAAACUAACCUUGGUGGUUGUGAAGAAGCGCAUCAGUUCCAGGUUCUUUGCCCGCAUCGAUGGUAAGCUGACCAACCCUCCCCCUGGAACAUGCAUCGAUACUGAGGUCACCCGCCCAGAAUGGUACGACUUCUUCAUUGUCAGCCAGGCCGUCCGCAUGGGGAGUGUCUCCCCAACCCACUACAAUGUGGUGUACGACAGCAGUGGACUGAAGCCUGACCACAUGCAGCGACUGACCUACAAACUUUGCCACAUGUACUACAACUGGCAGGGAAUCAUCCGAGUGCCUGCACCCUGUCAAUACGCCCACAAAUUGGCCUUCCUGGUGGGCCAGAGCAUCCACAGAGAGCCCAACAUGAACCUGGAUGACUUCCUUUACUACCUGUAAGAGAGCACAAGCUAACUAAAGAUCACAUUGGAGAACUUGGUUUCCUUGAAACUGUUUGAUUUUUGUUCAGGAAAUUGACUGAAUAUACUUAUGGGUAAAGUGGUUAGGAUAUUCCCCAAUUUACAGGAGAGUGAAACCAUUUUUAUUUUUUUAUACUUCAGCAAUUUGAUUAUCUUCUGUUUUAUGCUGUUUUAUUUGAAGAUGUAGAUGGUCAUUGCAAAGUGUUUUAUUUGUGUGACAUGGUAAGAGACUGUUUUGAGAAGUUUGCUACCUCAGCUUUUAUUUUGGCUGUACAGUGCAUUUGGAAAGUAUUCAGACCCCUUGACUUUCUCCACAUUGUUACGCUACAGCCAUAUUCUAAAAAUGGAUUAAAUUGCUGUUUUUCUCAACAAUUUACAUGCAAUACCUAAUAAUGACCAAGCAAAAAUAUGUAAGUAUUCAGACUCUUUACGGAGUACUUUGUGGAAGCGCCUUUGGCAGCGAGUACAACCUCUAGACUUCUUGGGUAUGACGUUACAAGCUUGGCACACCUGUAUUUGGGGAGUUUCUCCCAAUCUGCAGAUCCUCUCAAGCUCUGUCAGGUUGGAUGGGGAGCGUUACUGCACAGCUAUUUUCAGGUCUCCAGAGAUGUUCAACCAGGUUCAAGUCUGGGCUCUGGCUGGGCCAUUCAGACAAUCAGAGACUUGUCCCGAAGCCACACCUGCAUUGUCUUGGCUGUGUGCUUAGGGCUGUUGUCCAUUUGGAAGAUGAACCUUCGCCCUAGUCUGAGGUCCUGAGCGCUCUGGAGCAAGUUUUUAUUGAGGAUCUCUGUUAAUCUUUGCCUCGAUCCUGACUAGUCUCCCAGUCCCUGCCUCUGAAAAACAUCCCCACAGCAUGAUGCUGCCACCACCAUGCUUCACCGUAGGGAUGGUGCCAGGUUUCCUCCAGACGUGAAGCUUUGCAUUCAGGCCAAAUAGUUAAAUCUUGGUAUCAUCAGACCCGAGAAUGUUAUUUCUCAUGGUCCCCGAGUCCUUUAGGUCUCUUUUGGCAAACUCCAAGCGGCUGCUGCCUUUUACUGAGGAGUGGCUUCCAUCUGGCAUACCAUAAAGACCUAAUUGGUGGAGUGCUGCAGAGAGGGUUGUCCUUCUGGAAGCUUCUCCCAUCUCCACAGAGGAACUCUGGUCACUCUGACAGAGCUCCAUCGGGUUCUUGGUCACCUCCGUGACCAAGGCCCUUCUCCCCUGAUUGCUCAGUUUGGCCGGCCAGCUCUAGGAAGUGUCUUGGUGGUUCUAAACUAUAAGGUCCCACACUGUCAACUGUGGGACUUUUUAUAGAGACAGGUGUGUGCCUUUCCGAAUCAUGUCCAAUCAAUUGAAUUUACCACAGGUGGACUCCAAUCAAGUUGUAGAAACAUCUGAAGGAUGAUCAAUGGAAAAAAUGCACCUGAGCUCAAUUUCUAGUCUCAUAGCAAAGGGUCUGAAAAUGUAUGUAAAGAAGGUAUUUCUGUUUUUUAUUUUUAAUACAUUUGCAAAAAUGUCUAAACCUGUUUUACUUUUGUCAUCAUGGGGUAUUUUGUGUAGAUUGAGGAAAAAUAUUCAAUCCAUUUUAGAAUAAGGCUGUAACAUAACAAAAUGUGGAAACUUUCCGGACGCACCGUACCUCUUUGUUCAAUAUCACAGUGAACAUUAAGGUUAUUGCCUGGGUUGAAAAAUUAUUGUUUCAACUUUGGCGCAAAGUUGCACUUAUGACAUGUUGUUAAAAAAAAAAAAUGCAGUUAAAUCAAUUGAUUAAAAUAAUUGUGGAUCAAGUUUUGUUUAAUUUGAUAACUUUUACUGAAGGGUAAACUUUGUAGAACUGUUAUUGCGUUACUGUCUAGCAUGCUCAAACUCAACCCUGGACCUCACAGCCAGUUCCACUGUGUUUUUUUCAUUGUUCCUCUUUAAUCAGGGACUGUUUUAGACCUGUUACACCAGGUGGGUGCAAUUAAUUAUGCAGGCUCUGCAACUCGUAGGGCAAAAGUUGAAUACCCCUGGUCUAGCAAUUAGUAUUUGAAGUUGUGAUAAUUACACUUCCCAUUUCUUUUUCAGGCCUAUGCCCUUUUGGAGAAGUUAGAUUCUGUCAAUACUCAGGACUUGAUAUUGACAUUUAUGGCUUGAUUGAAUCUGUAGUGCUGUAGACCUCCACUACAUACAGCGCAAUAGAAAUGUCAAGGCAAUGUUCGCUGAGACCGCAUUCACGGUAAAAGACUGUCCGCUCAAUCAGAAAUGACCUUUACAUUUCAAAUUGUGGUACAGUGCUGAACGAUUUGGAUUGAAUCGAGUCCUUAAUCCUUUGACUUUGCUGUUGCACCAUGGCAUUUGGUGAAUAAAACACAGCGCAAACAGCAUUACAAAAUAUGAAAUUUAUUUGAUAAACUUUUUUGCACAUGCACACCCACACAAUAUUUUGUAACCACCAAUAUAGGCUGAUAUUUUUUUGUCAUAAAGCUAGCACACAAUUGCAGACUUUUAAAACAUUAUGGUUUUGAAGACACCAUGGGGAAAGCUUUGCACUGUUUGAUUAUAAAUUUUAAUGUACAAAAAAGGCAGUCUGAAAAUCAAGUAUAAACAUUUAAAAACAAUUUACAAAUGGACAAAGUACAAAAAGAGCAACAGUCAAAACAAUAUAUAUAGAAGCAAUGACCGACAAUUGUACAGAAAGUUGUACAGAAUGCUUUUCGUACAUUCUUUUUUGGCAGUCUCAGUUCAAAUCUCAUGAAAGUAGUGUAGUCCAGAAAAAGCUGUGAUAUAAAGUGAAUGGAAGGAUGAAAUGAUUAACAAAAUAGUGUAAGGAGUUAACAGAUGGAAGGUUUCAUUUCACAUACAAGCUGGACAUCUGCAUACUCCUAAUGGAUAGUUUUGAUAAAAUACAUUGGCUUUCAAUUAAUCAUACAUUCACUACUCCGUGCUAGUUGGGUGCUGACAUAAAUACAGUACUUCUACCCUUUGCAAAUAUAUGAAAUGGAGAGUUGACUU